GUCACGGCGUCAGUCGUGCGCGAGUUGUCUCGGAGGUGGGUGUGUGUGGCUGGUGCGCGCGCUUCUGACUGCGCACUGCGCGUUCAUAAAUACCCACGGAGCAAUAUGCACGCAGCAGCCACCACAAAGAGGCCGCCACGAGUGGUGACCAGGAGCAAAUCAGGAGCGGGCGCUGCCUCUAAAGGUGUGCCACAUUCCGGUCAGAAGCGAGACAGUCGACAGAAGUCAUCCUCCGAGUCGUCAACUCCUUCAUCUCCCGAAAUCAGCUCCGGUCGUGCGAUGUACCCCCCAUCACCACACCACCACCAGUAUCACCAGUACCAGUAUCAGCACCAAUAUCAGCACCAGCAGCACCAGCACCACGGGCAGCAUCCCCAGCAGCACCACCAGCAGGGUCGGAGACACCACCAGCGGGCCAGGAACGAGCACCAGCAUCAUCAGCAACAGCAGCACCAGCAGCAGCAGCUGUCGCCUCAGCAUAUGGAGACGGUGCGGUUUCUAAACCAAACAUGGAGAACAGUGCAGGAGGAAUGCGAGAGCUCUGGGUCAGGAGGUGGUGCUGAUAUGGAGACCGGCUCAGAGGAGGUGGCUGGGUCGGCCGCUCCUCCCGAGUGCCCAUGUGGGGCACUGGUAUGUACAGGUAAUCAUCGUCAGAUGAUCCAGCUGCCGGGUGACUACAGGUCUCUCCAGGUGAGAAGAGGCGAAGGUGCCGCCUGUUGCGGCGAUACGUCCCGGCACUAUCCGUCCUCACCAGAUGUCUCCUCACUGUACUAUCAGGAACCGGCGAAACACCCGGCGUUACAAGAUUUCAAGCCGUUCGAUCUGGAGUUAUUCUGGGGGCGGCAGCUGCACUGUCGGCUCACCAAAGGCAACAGCUGAACAUCUCAUCGGCACCCGUCACCGCAGUGUGAUGACGUCACCGGAGUCUGAUGACGUCACUGGAGUGGCACCCGUUCACGUUUUUCAUAAUAUCACGGUUGUGAGUGGUGUUACUUUUGUAGAACAAGCAUCAGUUUUAGGGGGAAGGGGUUCUGUUUCCGAAUCUGAAGAUGUUGUGUUAUGUCAGAAUCAUGACAUAACGGUCUGUCAUAAUGUGACAUCAGCGACAUGACAUCAUGAUGUCAUGGUGUCACAUUAGGGUGACUGCACCACAGCUGUGAUAUUGUCGCCAAAUCGCGAUACGUCGGUGUGCUGUGACGACGCUCGCGAGCCGCCGCCGCAGCCUUGGUUUUUGCAAUUGUUUCAUUCCGGUUUGUUGUUUGUGCGUGUUUUGCACGUUGACGCAGCAGUUUUAGUACCAAGUGAGUGCUUGACUGUUGUUUUUACUUGAAUCUAGAAGAGGCUAGCUGGAUAGAUGCUAGCAAGACGGCGAUUAGAUAGAUCUUGCGCUAUCUCUCACUUGAAGGCGCCGCUAAGUAAUUGCGGUGCCGUUGCCAUGGCAGCCUGCAUUUUCCAUUUAGACAAGCACAAUGCGAUAGACAAGAAAGCUUUAUCGAUGGCUGUCGUUGAGUUUUGCCGUGUUUGGCACAAAAUAUGACGGAUGAAGGUACAAUACAUUCAACACAUCUG